AUGGCUCAAGUCCUCAUCGUCUACCCCUCGGGGCCCUCCUUCGACUUGGAUUACUACCUCAAGAAACAUAUGCCCCUGGUGUCCGAGACAUGGACGUCCCACGGUCUGCUCAGCUGGGACGUGCUCACCUUCCAGGCUGACGCGCCCUACCAGGUGCAGGCCACCUUGUACUGGGAGUCUCUCGAGGCCUUUGAGAAGGCGGCCGGCCAGGAGGGCACUGCCAAGAUCUUUGCCGACAUUCCCAACUACACAACUGCGCAGGCGGUUAUCCUCAAGGGCAAGGUUGUCGGGAAGAAGUCGGAUUGA